AAAAACAAUUAUACAUGUAAAUAAUCAGCUCAUUUUUCACUAAUGGAUUCCACCAUAGCUGUACUCUUACUCCACAGGCGGAAUUCAUAAACCCUAACCAUCAUCAUUCCGGAGAGAGAGAAAAAAAACGUUGAAUUCGGAACUCAAGAUUAUCGGAUUUGAUUUUUUUUUUCUGCUUAAUUUCGAAUUCCUCACCCUCUUUAGCAGAUUUUUAAUUUUGUGAUUGGGAAAUCGAAAACUAUUAUGUAUAGAUCUGGAGCGGUGAUGGCGUGGAACGUGUUCAAGUUUUGCACGGCGUUGAGGGGGCUUGGUUCGAUCAUGAUACUGUUGGUGUUAGGCGUCGUCGGCGUUAGCUAUUAUGCGGUGGUGAUUACAAAUUACGGCCCCGGACUCGCCGCCGGCGGACUCGAUUCGCUAAUCGCGUUCAUCGUGUUGAUCUUGUUUCAUUGUCUGUUGGUGAUGCUACUGUGGAGCUAUUUUUCAGUUGUAUUUACGGAUCCAGGCGGCGUGCCUCCAAAUUGGCGGCCAGCAGUAGAUGAAGAAAGAGGAGAUAGUGACCCAUUAACUGCGUCGGAGUUUCCACCCGAAUCAGAGAAUGGUAGAAUCCGUUUUUGUAGAAAGUGCAACCAGCUGAAACCACCUCGCUGCCAUCACUGUUCUGUUUGUGGGAGGUGUAUUUUGAAGAUGGACCAUCUCUGUGUGUGGGUUGUCAAUUGUGUUGGGGCACUGAACUACAAAUAUUUCCUUCUCUUCCUGUUCUACACGUUCCUCGAAACUACUCUAGUUACUUUGUCCUUACUGCCGCACUUUAUUGCAUUCUUUAGCGACGGAGAGAUUCCUGGGACUCCAGGAACUCUUGCAACGACCUUUCUUGCAUUUGUAUUAAACUUGGCAUUUGCUUUGAGCGUAAUGGGAUUCUUGAUUAUGCACAUAUCAUUGGUCGCUGGGAAUACCACAACCAUUGAGGCUUAUGAGAAGAAGACUACUCCAAAAUGGCGAUAUGAUCUUGGACGAAAAAGAAACUUUGAGCAGGUGUUUGGAAUGGACAAAAAGUACUGGUUUGUCCCAGCUUACUCUGAAGAAGAUUUGCGGCGAAUGCCUGCUCUUCAGGGUUUUGAAUAUCCUUCAAAGCCUGACCUCGAUUCUCAAGAAUUCUGAAAAUGGAUGACGAAAUAAUAAAUCAUACGUCGAAUUUAAAUUUUGAGGAGUGUAACUUAUUUGGGACUAGAGCAUUCAAUUCAUCAGCCUCCUUCUGUUGAAUCAACACUCGGGACCAAAGAAAUUUGUGCAGAAAAAAACAAUGGUGGAUUGCAUUUCGAAGACGAUGAUGAGUAGAUUUUUGUAUCACAAGAAGAAAUUGAUCGAGAAACGCUGACUGUGAUGUGGCAAUAGGUGAAUUUGUUGUAAACUUGUAAGCCCUUUUUUUUCCCUUCGGAAAUGUAGAUUAAUCUCAACAUCGUCGAUCUUUAACACGUAUACAAUAUUGUAUUAUAGUGAUUUUAUUGUUUACACUCGAUCUCUCUGUGCGAUUUCUUGUUUGU